AUGACCUCCGCGGAGUCCCGGGGUGGGGAGGUUCAGCUGCAGGAUAUGUCGCCCUCCAUCCUCCAGAGCAUCCUGCACUAUCUGUACACGGAGGAGCUGGCGCUGACGGCCGAGUGCGCCCAGGAGCUGUUCGUCAUGGCCAGCAGGCUCCAGAUCCCCCCACUCCUGGAGAUGGUUGGCAGGUUCCUCGUGGAGAGCAUUUCCCUGGAGACCUGCCUCAGGCUGUAUGCGCUGGCUCACGCCCACCAGCACCCGGGUCUGCUCCGCGCGGCCGGGCGCUAUGUCAGCCUGCACUUCAGGUCCCUGUGCGAGCACGACGCCUUCCUGCGCCUGGACCCGGGCACUUUGAUCGGCAUCAUCACCUCAGACGGCCUCGCGGUGGUUUCCGAACUGACAGUCUACUGGGCUGUGGGGCACUGGGUGAGGGCUGACCCCGCCGAGCACCUGUCUCUGCUCCCAGAGCUGCUGGGGCACGUGCGCCUGGCCUUACUGACCCCUGAGGAGCUGGCUGAGGUGCAGGCAGACGUCGCAGAGCUCUCUGGGGCUGCUCGGCGGGGGGUUGAAGGAGCUGGCUGGGGAGGGGAGGCUGUGGGAGAGUGGGGGCCUCCGGUAGGGCAUGUACGAGGAGAGAGGUGGGGGGCACCAUUGGGCUCGGUUCCGGUGCGGUUCCCUGGUUUCGCUGCCCUGGGCCACAAACUCUAUGUGGCCGGGGGCUGCGGCCCGGACGGCUGCUUUUCAACCAGCCUGCACGAAUACGACGCCUGCUCUGGGCAGUGGGCACAGCUCCCCUCCAUGUCCUGGCCCCUGGACCCCCACGGCUUCCUGGUCUGCAGCCGGCGGCUCUACGCCGUGGGGGGCUGUGCGGAGGCGGCUGGCAAGCUGGAUUCGGCAGAGACCUUUGACCUGGAGCAGAAGCAAUGGGCUCCCACUGCCCGCCUGCCCUUUCCUCUCAGCUACUUCGCCUCCGCCGCGCUCCACAACAAGCUCUACCUGAUAGGUGGGAAGAAGCACAUGGCGGGGGCCCUGGCCACCCACCGGGGGCUGCUCAUCUACCACAUCAGCUCGGACAGCUGGGCUCAGGUGCCGCUGGGCGUGGGACUCUGCCACGUGGGUGCCGCUGCCACGGCUGGCGGGAUCUGUGUCGUGGCGGGCUGCAGAGACGAAGACCUCGGGGAGGAGGGAGAGGGGGCUUCUUGCCUGGGAAAUGUCCAGGCCUCCCGGGCGUGCUUCUUCCUGGGUGAGGAUGGCAAAGUGAGGCAGGAGGUGGCCAUCCCGGCGCUUCCCCGAGCCAUCGCGUCUGCUGGGGCCGUCUGCUGGCGGGGAAGGGUCUACGUGGUGGGUGGCGAGGAUUCGGCCCGUUGGCUGAACACCGUGUACUGCUGGGAGCCCAGCGCCGCCGCCUGGACCCUGUGCCGGGAAGGCCCUGCCACUGCGGAGUGCGUGGGCUGGUUUGGCUGCGUGACACUGCAGGUGCCCAUCAGACCCCUCCGGACACUUUUCCAGGGGCAGCCCACUGCCCCGGCGGCAGCCCACGAGGCAGAACCUGCUCCCGUCGCCCGCGGGGACGUCCUGCCCUGA